UUUCUUUUUUAUUGUUCAAUAAAAUAUUUUAUGUUGAAGUUCUAACAUUACAAUUGUGCGAAUAUAUAAUAAAAAAAAUAAAUGUUAUUAAUUUUAAAGAAAAUUGUACGGAUUUAUAUAAAAAGUUAAAAUAAAUUUGUUGCACUCUGAACGAAUGGAAACGAUAUUUUAAAACCUUCAUAAUCAAACAACCUUGUUUUGAUGAAAAAAACUUCUUAAUUUUCCAAUAUGAAUGUUAAUGAUAAAAUGUAUUACUUCAGCAAAGUAUGGCUAAUAAUAUUAGGGGUUUGUGUGCCCUUAAUAUUAGGCGAAAAUACUUUGGUUACCACAGAGACUUCUGCUACAUUACAUGAACCCACACAAGAUGUACAUACUCCCGUUAAUACACGUAAUGCGGGUGAUGGUGAUUUGGCUGCUUUAUGUCCCAAUAUGGUACGUUAUGUUUUUGAGAGUGCCAUGCCAAGGGAUGAAUUCAAAGCGGGUAUCUUUGAGAAAUAUCCCUCUGUUGAGGACGCCGCCGCCACCACCAAUGGCGAAGUUGAUCUUCGUUCUUGUGUAGAGGCUUGCUGUGAAAAGGGUAGAAAUAAUACUUGCAAUAUUGUUUUUAUGUAUAGACGCAAGUGUUAUCAUGUAAGAUGUGUUAGCAAUGAAUCUUGUCUACCCAAGGAGCGUAGAAGUAUUAGCGAACGUAUACAAAUGGUAUUGGUAAAUCCUGUUAAGGCUAACCAUGGCGAUAAGGAACAACAGUCUUGGUUGAGUUCACUUAAAGCUUCGAAAGCUUUAAAUGAACUAGGUGCCUUGGAGGAAACAGAUGAAAAUAUAAAUUCUUUAAAUUUUUGGAAACAGCCUCAUAAGUUCCCUUAUUUUACACGUGGUGGAGGUGAAACAAAUAACUAUGAUGAAGAUGAUUUUCCUAUGGCUGAGAAAAGAGUAAAACAAUUACUUAUGUCUGCACCUUUAGAUGAAAAUGAGGGUAUUUUACCAGAAGAUUUAAACUACUACCGGGAAAAUCUUUCACCCGAUACCUCGGCAAUGCCCAAUUAUAUAACGUGUAGUUUGGAUAUGACCUCGGGCAGUGAAAGCAGAUGUCCCAUAAAUGAAGAAUGCGCCCCUGUAAGGGUGGAUGUUACCACUGGAAUAUGCAAAUGCCGAAGAGGUUUUGUGCGUAAUCAUUUAAGAGUUUGUGUACCCGAUAAUGUGGAUUACAAUUUACUCGAUGAAUCGGGAGCAGCUCAUAAUUUACUGCUGGAAUCUUCUGCUUCUAAUGAAGCCACAACUCAGCUGAAAUCUGAAGCUGAACCUACGCCAAAAACGGAAGCCAAUAAGAAAUUAAUGGUGUCGGUGGUCUCCAAAGAGGUACGUUUACCAGAGAAAGAGGUAACUUUAGCAGCCUUUACCGUACCCGAUGAGGAAUCUAGUAAUGUGAAAUACAAAUAUCUAUGGACGUUAAUCAAUCAGCCAAAAAGUCCCAUGAAUGGCACUAUAUCCGAUCAGAGCCAAUCAAAAGUAAAAUUGUCAAAUCUCUCAGAAGGUUUAUAUACUUUCAAAGUAACUGUCACUGGGGAUGGUACCUAUGGUGAGGCUAUGGCAAAUGUUACAGUAUUGCCCGAGAAAAGGAUUAAUCGUGUGCCCCAAGUGAUAAUAACACCCAGUGAACAAACUAUUAGACAACCCACUACAAAUGCUAUUCUAGACGGCAGCACUAGUACAGAUGAUGAUAAAAUUGUUUCCUGGCAUUGGGAAGUGGUUUCAGGGCCCAUAGGUUAUCAGCCUAAGUUGCCAGAAGUGAAUACUUUACAAUUGACAGAUCUUACCUCACCUGGCAAUUACACCUUUAAGUUGACCGUUAUGGAUACAGAUAAUGUUACUAAUUUUACCACUGCUACUAUAACCGUUCUAAAAGGCACCGAUUAUCCUCCCGUAGCCAAUGCAGGAGAUGCUGUCAUUUUGUAUUUACCCAAUAAUAAUGUUACCCUUAAUGGUACCGCCAGUUCAGAUGAUCAUGAAAUUGUGGCCUGGGAAUGGACCAAAGAUGCUAGUGAUGAAGCUAAAGCGGUGGAUAUGCAAAAUACUAGAACACCCUAUGUACAAUUAUCUAAUUUGGAGGAGGGCAUGUAUACAUUUGUUUUAAAGGUCACCGAUGGCAGUGGCCAGUCGAGUACGGCCAAAGUUCACGUUUUCGUUAAACCACCAACCAACUCACCACCUAUAGCGGCGGCAGGAGCAAAUAUGACAAUAAAUUUGCCUACAAAUUGGAUUAUAUUAAAUGGUUCCGGUUCUACAGAUGAUAUUGGCAUUAAAACCUAUCAAUGGAAGGAGAUAUCUGGUCCCAAUAAGGCGGUUAUAAACAACUCAAACGAAACGAUUGCCAAUGCAACUGGUCUCACACUAGGCUUAUACGAAUUUGAGUUGACAGUUGCCGAUGAAAGUAACAAUACUGCCUCGGAUAGUAUGUGGCUAAAAGUGGUGCAAGAGAAAAAUUCACCACCCAUAGCUAAUGCUGGUGGUGAUCAAAGUAUUACACUACCGGUAACUGCAAUAUAUUUUAAUGGUAAUCUAUCAUCGGAUGAUUUAGGGGUUGUUAAAUAUAAAUGGACUAGAGAAGAUGCUAGUCUGGCAGCUGGACAAAUUGUAGCCGAUACUGAUAAUCAACCUGUUAUGAUACUUACAAAUUUGGUAUCGGGACGUUAUGUCUUUAAAUUAACCGUCAGCGAUGAACAGGGUUUAACCAGUUCGGAUACAGCAAGUGUAUUUGUACAUCCCGAUCCUAUGUUGUUGAAUCUAGUACAAUUAACACUGCCUACGAAUAUUUCAAUGUUAACACAUUCCGCUUUAAAUACAAUAGUACAAAAAAUUGGUUUACUCCUAGGAGACUUGAAGAUACAAGUACGGGAAUUACAACAUGAUACCAGAACAAAUGCAGCUAUAUUGAUAUUCUAUGUGGAGCUGGAAAAUGGUGAGGAAAGACGUCCCAUGGAUGGUUUGGCUAUAGAGCAUUUACUCAAGGAUAAAUUACAAAGAGAUGCCUCAAUUUUGGGUACCGUGAUUGCUGAUGUGCGUACGGUAGUGUGUCAAAAUAAAUGUUCUGGACAUGGUGUUUGUAAUGACGAUACCAGAGCCUGUUUCUGUGAAGCCUUUUGGAUGCCUUCAUUUGGUUACUUUUGGGGUUUUGAAGAAGCUAAUUGUGAUUGGUCAGUUCUGUAUGUUUUUGUGGGUGUUAUUGUAUCAUUGCUUAUACUAUCUGCCAUAUUCUGGGUUAUCGCUGUUGCCUGUAGACAAUCGAAAAAACCACGCUCUAGACCAAAAGUACAAAAGUACUCUCUAAUUGGUACACAAGAUGAAGAGGCACAAAAUUAUUCUCGUGCCACUUCCUUAACCGAUUCGGAAACAGAUUCAGAUGUUCUAUUUGAAUCACGUUCCAAAUCGAAUGGUAGUUUACGCUUAAAUGGCACUUCUAAAACUAAACAUAACGGUCAUGAUCGUGCAAAAUAUCCAGGAAAACAUGGUCGCAAAAUUAAAACGUAAAAUUUUUAUCGUUUAGUUUUAUCUUUCUCUUAUUAUUGUGAUAGUGUAAUAUUUUAUUUAUUACGUACCUUAAUGUAUACAUAAAUAUUUGUAUACUUAUACGUAGAUAUGUUUAUUUUGUAUGUGUAUUAUGUAUAUGUUCCUUUAAUUUAGUUGUAUGUACUUACAUAUAUAUUUAUAUAUUCAUAUAUUUUCUAUAUAUUAAUAUAAUUUGCAAUAACAUAUGUCAUUUUAUUUAAGCUUUUUUCGUGUAAUAAUACGCACAUCUCUAUACAA